AUGAGAAAACAGCUACUAUUUUUAAUAGCUUCUUUCUUGUUUUAUUACGCAAAAAGAAAAAGUCUUUACUGUCUAGGUAUUACAAGAACAGCAAAGACUAUUCCUCAUUUGUGUACUUGGAAAAAACGGAAAGGAGAAAAGAAGGGCAUACAUUAUAAUUACAACAUGGAAGAUAAUAAAGAAGCAAUAAUUGCAAAAAUGGGAUCCCAAAAUCUCAUAAGGAACGGUAAUAACAAUGUUUAUUUGUCAUUAAACAAUUACACAAGCAACUGUUCAAAUUAUUUAAAAAAUAGUAAUACAAAGGAUAAUAACGCAAACACAAAAUUGGUGCGAAGCAAUGUUUUAAGUAUUUUCAGUUAUACACUAAAAUAUAUGAACAAGAAGAGCUUAAAUAAAUGGCUCAGAAAUAAUAUUAAGGCUACGUUUUAUGACACUUUUGUGCCGCGAAACAAACCUUUAGCAUAUAUCCGAUUUAAGUGUUAUGAAGAUUUAAAGGUAUUUGAAAAAAUGGUAGAAAAUAAGCGUAUUUAUCCAAAUGAUAGCUUAUCAACUAUUAAAAUUAACAGAUUUUCAAAAUACGCGAAGAAAAGAAAGUUAUUUGAACGUGAUAAUAACAGAGACGCCAUCAAGGACGUUGGAGAAAGUUAUAACUGCAAUGGGGAUAAGAACAGGGACGAUAUGAACAGGGGUGAUCAAGGCAUUGAUGAUGACAACAUGGAGGAAGGAUACUCUGAUGAUAAUUUCAGAAAGCAAAAAAGAACCAAGAGAGAAAGCGCAGAAAAUUCCUUUGAGAAUAAUAUCAAAGGAAAAACAAACGUAGAAAGCGAACUUCCAGAUUUACAAACUGUUAUCAAAUUAAACAAAACUCAAAAGAACAAAAGCAUAGAAAAUUUUGUAACACCCUUUCAUAAAUAUCCAUAUACAGAUCAAAUUAAAAUUAAGCAAAAAUUUUUAGAAAAAUGCAAAGAUCAAAUUUUAUCUAACUUAAGAAAUAAAUGGGAGAAACAAAGUUUGUUGUUUGGGGAUAUAGAAUCAAAUAUUGUGGACGAAGAUACCAAUGUGAGUAGUACGAACGAGGGACAUAAUUCUGGCCCUUGUGGAAGUAUCCAAGGAAAUGGAAUCAGAAGUGCAGGCUUCACCAUGAACAACCACAACGGAAAUUGCAACAGUAAUAAUAGCUUAGAAAAGAAAAACAAAAAAAAUGAAACAAGCAAAGACAGUUGUCUGAAUAAAGCUAUACUAAGUGAGCUAAAGCAAAGUAGUAAUAAUAAUAAAGAAUAUUCCAUUGACAAAAAAAUAAAGAAGUAUGAAUUCGAGGUUGACAAUCCCUUGUACCCAGAUGAAAGAGGAAUAAAUGAAUACCGUAAUAAAUGCGAAUUUACCAUUUCAUAUGAUGAAAAUAAUAAUGUUGAAAUUGGGUUUGUGACUGGAAAAGUAAAAACCGAUAUCAAUGACAACAAUGAAGAUAAAAAUUGCACUGAUGAUAACAACUGUAACUUUAGUGAGCACAAUAUAAGUAACAAUGUAUCUCCAGUUAAUGAAUCACAGAGUACAAAACUUCGAAACAAGAAGCAGAAGCAGUCUUACUAUCUAAAUCCUAUUGUCAAAAACGUUGAUACAUGUGUUCAUAUUCAUCCUUGCAUGAAGCAAGUCGUUCAGGAGAUGAAGAGUAUAAUAAAGGAUUCCAAUUAUCCCGUCUUCGACAGAGUUUAUAAAACAGGCGUUUGGAGAUUGCUUGUCGUCCGCUUUAACAGCAAAAAGGAACUGAUGAUAACCGUGCAAACAUACGCACUAGAUCAGAAAAAAAAGAAAGAAAUAAAAAAGCUGCUAAUAAACAGGUUGACAAAGAAAAAGGAUGAACUAUUCAUGAGUUUUUCCGAUUUUAAAGUGGUUUCUCUAUAUUUGCAAGAACAUGAUAAUUCUAAUGACGCAUCAAAUCAAUCACCGAAUGAGCAUUUAUGGGGUGUUGAAUUUUUGGAAGAAAUUAUUUUAAAUAAUCGAUUUUUAUUAACACCAUCUUGUUUUUUUCAAGUAAACCAUAGUAGCUGUGAAAUAUUAUACAAGAGAGUUAUUGAAUAUAUAAAUAUAAAUAAUAAGAAGAAAAAUUAUAUAUUUGAUUUAUGUUGUGGUACAGGUACCAUUAGCAUAUGUGCUGCAAAUGAGUUAAAAGAGGAAGACACAUAUAUAAUUGGUAUCGAUAUAUGUGAAGAUAGCAUCAUUAGUGCAAAUAAAAAUGCAGAAAUAAAUAAAAUUAAAAAUUUUAAAUUUAUCCAAGGUAGAGUAGAAGAACUAUUUGCAAAUGAAAUUAAAAAUGUAUCUGAAAAAAAUUCCAAUGUAAUAGUUAUUGUCGAUCCCCCAAGAAGCGGCUUGGCUAAUAGUGUCCUUAAUAUUUUAAGUUCGAACCAACUUAUUAGUCAAAUAAUUUAUGUUUCCUGCAACCCAAUAACGUUAGUUAACAACGUAACAAAUGUUUUGUUCCAAAAUGAAAAUUUAAAAAUCAAAAAUCUUGUUUUUGUUGACAUGUUCCCCCAUACUUUCCACCUAGAGUGCAUCACCAAUAUUGUAAAAGAGUAA